AGGUUCUGCCCCACGUGCAACCAAUUUCAUUUGGCCAAAGGAGUACUUGGUGGAUGCACAACACGAGCUCCAAGCACCAGUGGUGGACCUUUAUGGCUUUCUCAGAGGGGAAAACGAGGCUACAAAACAUGCUGCUAAGCUCAUAAGUGAAGCUUGCUUGAAACAUGGCUUCUUCCAAGUGAUCAACCACGGGGUUGAUCCACACCUCAUUCGUCAAGCACAUGAUCAAAUGGACACUUUCUUCAAGCUCCCAAUUCAUAGGAAAUUGAGUGUUCAUAAGACACCCGGUUCCAUGUGGGGCUACUCUGGUGCACAUGCUCAUCGCUUCUCCUCCCAAUUGCCAUGGAAGGAAACCCUCUCUUUCCCAUACCAUGACAACACCUUAGAGCCUGUUGUAACAAACUACUUCAAAUCCACCAUAGGAGAAGACUUUGAACAAACCGGAGAGACAUUCCAGAAAUACUGUGGAGCUAUGAAGCAAUUGGGAAUGAAACUGAUAGAGCUAUUGGCAAUGAGCUUAGGCGUGGAUCGGUUGCAUUAUAGGGACUUGUUUGAAGAAGGGUGCUCUAUCAUGAGAUGCAACAAUUACCCAUCUUGCCAACAACCGAGCCUCACACUCGGGACAGGACCACACUGUGAUCCAACGUCGUUAACCAUACUUCACCAAGAUCAUGUUGGAGGCCUUCAUGUAUUUGCAGACAACAAAUGGCAGACGGUUCCUCCUCGUCUGGAUGCAUUUGUAGUGAACAUUGGAGACACCUUCACGGCAUUAUCGAAUGGGAGAUACAAAAGUUGCCUCCAUAGGGCAGUGGUGAACAAGUACAAGGAGAGGAAGUCCUUGGCGUUCUUUCUAUGCCCAAAAGAAGACAAGUUGGUGAGAGCCCCAAAUGAUAUUGUGAGCAUGGAUGGCACCAAACACUAUCCCGAUUUUACAUGGUCACAUUUGCUUCACUUCACGCAAAACCACUAUAGAGCAGACCAAGCUACACUACCAAACUUCACCAAGUGGUUGUUAUCCUCCAAAACCACACACACUAGCUAGCCAGCUUUUAU